UAUUUGGGAGAGAGACGUGUCCGUACGUCAGUCACAUAAAAAGUCAAUUUUCUUCUGAAUCGAAUUGUUAGGACUGAUGUAUGAAAUUAAAGUUGUCGUGAAUUAUUAGGAUAGUUAAUAGUAUUAUCAGACCCAAAGAUGCCGCAGACUGUAACUGCGAGGCCGGGCAAUAAAGGGGUGUUCAAUAAUACGACCGGCUUCAGCACUCUGAUCACUGUUACGGUAUUGUCAUUGGCUUGGUUGGCCGGUUUCGCCUCCCGGCUAUUCGCUGUGAUUCGUUUUGAGAGUAUAAUUCACGAGUUUGACCCAUGGUUCAACUACCGAUCCACGGCAUACAUGGUGCAGCAUGGGUUCUACAACUUCCUGAACUGGUUCGAUGAGCGCGCGUGGUACCCACUUGGUCGUAUCGUGGGUGGUACCGUGUAUCCUGGCCUAAUGAUAACAUCAGGCACAAUUCACUGGAUUCUCCAUGCUCUUAAUAUUCCCAUACACAUCAGGGAUAUUUGUGUGUUCCUCGCACCUGUUUUCAGUGGUCUGACUGCCAUAGCAACAUACCUACUGACUUCAGAGCUUUGGUCUCGUGGAGCGGGUCUGUUUGCCGCUUGCUUCAUAGCCAUUGUACCAGGCUACAGCAGUAGGUCUGUGGCUGGAAGCUAUGACAAUGAGGGUAUUGCUAUAUUUGCUCUCCAGUUCACAUACUACCUCUGGCUGAAGAGUUUGAAGAAUGGAUCAGUGUUCUGGUCUAUUUGUACAGCCCUGUCUUACUUUUACAUGGUGUCAGCAUGGGGUGGUUAUGUGUUCAUCAUCAACUUGAUCCCCCUACACGUGUUCGCGCUGUUGAUCAUGGGAAGGUUCUCCCAGAGACUGUUUGUCAGCUACAGCGUGUUCUACAUUGUGGGACUUCUGAUGUCCAUGCAGAUUCCCUUUGUCGGCUUCCAGCCUAUCAGGACCAGUGAACAUAUGGCUGCUUCUGGUGUGUUCGCGCUGGUAAUGGCAAUAGGUGCUCUAAAGUACCUGCACAGCCUGAACCCCAAAGGCCAGUGGAAGCAGCUGCUAAUCCUCGGCGGUUUGAUCGCCGCUGGUACCGUGUUCCUAGUAGUGGUGUUGCUAACUUACGCGGGAGUCAUCGCGCCUUGGAGUGGACGAUUCUACUCGCUAUGGGACACAACAUACGCGAAGAUCCACAUUCCCAUCAUAGCGUCGGUGUCGGAGCACCAGCCCACCACGUGGUCUUCCUUCUUCUUCGACCUUCACGUGCUAGUGUGCACCUUCCCAGUGGGGCUCUGGUACUGCAUCAAGAAUAUCAAUGAUGAGAGGGUCUUUGUGGCCCUAUACGCGAUAAGCGCGGUGUACUUCGCGGGCGUGAUGGUGCGUCUGAUGCUGACCCUCACGCCAGUGGUCUGCGUCCUAUCAGGCAUCGCCUUCUCCAUACUGCUGGACCUGGUGUUACGAGAGGAUGAGAUGCCGGUGCCGCAGUUGGAUAAUGAUGACUCCAAUAACUUGUAUGAUAAGGCGGGAAAACUAAAGAAGCGUACCCAGUCGCCGGCCGUCCCGCCGGACACGGCGCUGGGCAUGAACGUGCGCUCCGUCACGCUCAUACUGUUCAUGAUACUGCUCAUGCUGUUCUCCGUGCACUGCACCUGGGCCACCUCCAAUGCCUACUCCAGCCCUAGUAUCGUGCUCGCUAGUUAUGGAAAUGAUGGAUCUCGUAAAAUCCUGGACGACUUCAGAGAAGCAUACGGCUGGCUUUCACAGAACACCGCUGAAGACGCGAGAGUCAUGUCUUGGUGGGAUUACGGAUACCAGAUUGCCGGCAUGGGUAACCGAACAACUUUAGUCGACAACAAUACUUGGAACAACUCUCACAUUGCUCUAGUAGGCAAGGCGAUGGCCAGCAACGAGACAGCGGCCUACGAUAUAAUGACCAUGUUAGACGUGGAUUAUGUGCUUGUAAUAUUCGGAGGCGCUAUCGGGUACUCCGGUGAUGAUAUCAACAAGUUCAUUUGGAUGGUUCGCAUCGCUGAGGGAGAGCAUCCUAAGGAUAUUCAUGAAGCGGACUACUUCACAGAGAGAGGAGAAUACAGAGUGGAUUCAGAAGCAUCCAAAACUAUGUUGAAUUGUCUAAUGUAUAAGUUAUCAUAUUAUAGAUAUGACAGCGGCGGCAGUCCGCCGGGCUAUGACAGAACGCGCGGUGCGUUGCCAGGCAACCGCGGCUUCAAACUCACUUACCUCGAAGAAGCGUACACUACUGAGCACUGGCUAGUUAGAAUAUACAGAGUUAAAAAGCCAGAUGAGUUCAAUCGUCCGCGUUUGCCGCUUGCCAAACGAACAGUACCGACUAGCAACUCUAUCUCUAAAAAGCUGACCUUAGGAGGCGGACCGAUGGUAUAGUACCACUGUUGAGUUCUGUUUGACGAUACAUCUAAAAGGCGAAAAGGCAUGUUGAAGAACAAACCGACGGUAGUGAAGGGCAAGAAGGCGGUGAGGCUGGAGUGACGCCUCGCGCAUGCGCGGCGCGUGCGCAGCUAGUGGCGGCGGCGCGGGCGGCGCGGCCGACACGUCCGCCACGAGCGCGUGCUCGCGCCGCACUGCCGCGGCUGUAUCGAGAGACUCACACACGCCAUCGCCUUAGAAGAUGAAGAACUUAACAAUACACUCCCCGAUUAAUCUUUAGUGUUUCUGUUCAUGUAGGACUUUUUUUUUCACACCAUAGUGUUUGUGUUUUUUCUCUCUCAAUAUUAUCGAUGUACAAAAAUGACUUCUCUACAGAUUUAUUGUAUGUAAGUAUAGAUUUUUUUUGUUUGGAUUGUAUAUUUGCUUGUAAUAUUCAGAAAAUGGGAAAUUCAUAUAUUAUUUUGCAAUAAUUAGAUGUUAAAAAAUUUCGCUUUUUUGUAUAUUUAGCAGGUAAUUUUAAAAAGAAGUUCUGUGUGUCCUCAUCAAUAUUAAAGGCCUAAGUGUCACAUGAUAUUGAAUAUUAUAUUUACUAAAAAUUGGCUAUAAUUUAUUUUCUUUCUCUAAAAUGAAUUCUAUGCAAUACUAUUGGCCUAUCUUUUUUAUUCUUGUCUUAAAUUCUUGAUUCGACUUUUAAUAAUAUUCAGUAUUUGUUUGUAGGUGUGUGUGAUUUUCUCAUACAAUCCUAAAAUAGGUAUGUGAACUAUUUGUGUACGUGAUUAGUGACAUAACGGAGCUACCGCUGCUGUAAUAUAAACUGAUGAUGACUGACACCAACUAUAUAUUAUGUAUUUUAGUCCAUUAGAUAAAAUGUUUCUAAAAAUUAUAAUUUAGUUUGUUCUUGCACUCGGUAGAUUGGUGUUUUGAAUAUAAGUGUUGAGUUGGACACUUAGAAAUGCAAUAAUUCAAUAAAUUUUAUUAAUAAUACAGAAAUAAUAUAUUUCUUUACGCACGAAUAAAGUGGGAUCUGUAAAUAUGCUUCAUUUGCUUUGUAUUCGAAAGAUUUCUUCUAUUCAGUAAAACAUGAUAAAUAUUGGUUAUAUGAUAUAUUGUGGCAAUACAGCGACUUACUUGUUUGUAAUAAUGUACAGUGCAUUGGUGAAUAUAUCAUUUGUGUAUCGAGGGGCAUGUAAUUAGAUGUUUCACAAGUUAGUGAUAACAAAGUUAACAGCAUUAUGUCCCUUGAUUUUUAAUUAUGUAAGUCGGCGUAGUUCAUCUGUUCCAAUUCGAUGUUGGCCCGUCAAUUUUAUUAGAUUGAGUAAUUAAUGAUUUAAGAUAAUGGGUGUAUACAUAAUUUUAUAGACAAAUGACCUGCGAUUGUGUCUACGGCAUUGCAAGUCGCGGCACUUGGUCGUGACGUGGCUCUUACGAUAAUGAUGUGAAUCUGAGGGGAAUAUUUGUAAUUGCUACGUCCAUUUGUAUGAUAAUUAAAAUAAUGUUUAGCGCUAACUGUCCUACUGUCCGUACGUCUUAAUUUUUCAAGUUAUUUAUUAAAUUCUUAUUAAUAAUAAUAAUGUUUGCCUCGCUACACCUCAGUACUUAUCACAAUUUAGUGUAACACAGGUUGACAAGAACUGGAAGAAAGCAAUGUUUUGUCUUGUUAUGUGUAUCGUAAUAAUCCUAACCAAAGUUCGAAUUCAUGUUUUGAUAGGUGUCCACUAGUUAAAUGUUAUAUUUGUGGAAUUCAUUUAAAGUUUUACAACUUGAAGCGUAGUUUUAUAUUGCAUUUAUUUAUAAACAAAUAAAGAACUGUACAUUCAGUUCUCUAGUGCAGAAUAAUUUCUUUGCUGUUCUUUCUAGAAUAUGUUCGAAAAAGAAAUAAGUAAAGGCAUUUUAAUUAGCAUCAACGGUUCAAGUUGUAAACUGCUUCAAAAAUUCGCGUGCAAAUUGUAACAGAUAUGAAAUUAUAAUUCAAAAAGUGAAAUAAUUGAAAAGUGAAUAGAUAUAAUUCCGUGGGUGUUAUUGUGUUACGUAUUUUUAUUUUAUUGUUGUCCAUCAAUUGUUUAGAGUUUUAUCGAUCUGUAGGUAAGAUUCAUUGUGUUAACAAUGUGUUCUUAAUAAACGGAUGGAGACGACAA